AUGAAUGCUGACGGUCGUAUGAAGUUGAUAGAGUUCGAUAUUGUAAUAUCCGCAAGGUUUGUAACGCCCUCAAAAGCGCUUGAUUCAAAUGAUGUAGGACCAUCAUCUUCUGUAACAAUGCUCGUAAUAAGUUUGAUAUCACAAGCAGCAAGAACAUCUGCUUUAGUGACACUCCCAGAACCAGAGAUAAAUAGUGUUGACCCACGAACGUAG